UCAAAUGCUGAUAAUUCUGAUUUGAGUAAUUUGUCUAAAGGUAUUAAUUCAAUCCAGACAAAGCUUCUUUCUACUUAUCAGAAUAUUGUUGAAGAUUCAAAAAAUACUUCUGAAGCUAAAGUUUCACAAUCAAUUGUAUCAAAUAACAUGAUUGAGGAUUCUAAUAAGAUUUUUGAUAAUAUUGAAUACCAUCAUUUUCAAUCGGAUGGAACCUUGGAUGUUGAAGAU